AUGAAUGCACUUAAAAUAAAUUAUUAACACAUCAUUCUUGAAAAAGAGCAGUUAGAGGAUGAUGCUGAAUUAAAUUAGUAUAGAAUUUAAAAAGAGGAACCAGUUAAGAUAUCUGAAUUUUUUUUAAGAGAUUUCAAUUAUUUGCUCGUUAACGAAAAUAGUAUAGAGUUGGUAAUUCCUGAUAUUUUGAAAAAUGAAGGCAUUUGCUAGCGAAAAAUCGAUAAUUUUUAAAGUGAUUUUCAUCAAUCCCUUGAUAAGGAAUCCUAAGUUAUUGAACUUUUGCCUCACGAUAAAUUUUUGAAGAGAACAGUUGAAUUGAAAAUUAAGGCCUUACCGUAGGCUAACUAUGCCAUUUUUAUCCAGAAAAAUAAUUAGCAUGCUAAGGAACUUGAUAUCUGGCGAACUAUUCCAUGCUAAUCAGAAGAAGAUGGCUUAUUGAAGUUGCAUCUUAAUAGUUUCUCAUUUAUGUUCAUAUCUUCAGACCCUAAAGGAUAAUUCUCAGUAGAAGAAAAAAAAACAGAACAAGAAUUGAAGUAGUCUAAUGUUAAAUUUCAUAAAUUUCUGCCCGGAUUAAACUUUGUUGUUAGCAAACCUUGCAGUGAUGAAUGUAGGAAAGCUUAAGAUUUUCCUACAUAUGUUCUUUCCUCAGGUUACGUGACUGAAUUUCAUAUUUGUGACUUGGAUAAAUAUAAAUGUCCCUGUGGGGACGAGUUAAGCACUUACCAAAUUAGCCAAAUCAUAAUAAUGCAAGCUGAGGCCAAAAUUCAAUAUGCGCUUGAUUUAGGACCAGGCAAAAAAACUCCUACUUAAAAGACUGAUAUAGUUGCAAAAGGUAACGACAUUAUGGUCAUUGGAAAUGGUUGCCCAAUCAAGUAUAAAAAAUUCACAAUAUCGGUAGUAGCUGCCGCAACUGAUCCUCAGGAUAUCAAAGAUCUUGCUAAAGCUGGAUUUUUAUAGCUCGAUGAAAAUGGCAAUGCAAUCGGUAAAAUGUUUUAGUUGAAUAAUGAUUCUGGUGUUUGCAUUAAAGUCCUAGUUGGAAAGUUUUAUAAUGGUGAAGGUUUUACAUUAGAAUCAUUUAAGUAAAAUGCAGGAAAAGAUUUAAGAGAAAAUAACUUCUAGGUAGAAAUUACUUAGAAUUUAGAUUAGUUUGUUAAGCUUAUCAAGGAUGGAAAAUAUAGCUCUGCUAUGAUAAUAAGUGAUCAUAUAUCUCAGCCCUUUAAAUGCACCUAAGCUUAGAAAAAUGAAUAUGUGGAGGCGGUUUACACUUUUUGGAAGAAAGGCAAUGGCUUAAUGAUUUUUGAAGAAAAUGAUACAACUGAUGAUAGGCUCUCCAACAUAGCUUUAAGAAAACUCUUGGGAUUCACUUUACAUGGUAAUGAUCCUGGGUGCUAGGUGCUCAUUCCAUCUACGUCCAUAAUUCCUGAAAAAGGAAAAUUCUCAGUCCACGAAAUAUUCACUGGUAUAGUAGGCAAAAUUCAUGAAGGAGUUACUAUAGCAAGACCAAAAGGGGUGCUUCCUCCAUCUAUAUAAGUGAUAGCUAAAUCUAGUAGUGAUAAGCCCUGUAUAAUGUGCUAUGAUGAUUAAAACUUCGGAAGAGUUGUGAUUGAUACAGGAUUUACAAAACUAUACUAACAAUUCUAUAAAAAGACUGCCGGUACAUCUAAGUAUAUAUAGAAUGCAGUAGUCUGGAUUAAUAGAGCAAAUCUCUCUUGA